AUACUACUAUAUUGAAGAUAAGAGUAGUAGUAGCACCACCAAUGAAUCUGCAAGAUAAAAUUGAAGCUCCAAGACUCGUCGACUCGAGACUUGUCUCUAAUGUAGAGUCAUAUUCACACACACACAGAAGUUUUUUUAACUUACUCUAAAUUAUAGCUUUUAAAUUGAAUUUAAUCUAACAACAAUUUCUCAGUCAGAUUACAUUACCAUGAUAUCUCUGAUUCAUUCAUGUUCUUUGAUUGCAACAAUAAUAAUUGUUGUUACAACACAAAUCAUUGUAGGAGUAAAUUCCUUUUUAGAAUCUGAUAAGAUAAGCAGUUUACCUCAGCAGCCAAAAGUGGAAUUCCAGCAAUAUGCUGGUUAUAUUACAGUUGAUGAAGUGCAGAAAAGAUCUUUGUUUUACUACUUUGUUGAAGCAGAAGUUGAACCGGCUUCUAAACCAGUUGUGCUUUGGUUAAAUGGAGGGCCUGGCUGUUCUUCUGUUGGAGUUGGUGCUUUUGUGGAGCAUGGACCAUUCAAACCAACUCAAAAUGGUCUUAUUAAAAAUGAUUACAGUUGGAACAAAGAGGCAAAUAUGCUGUACUUGGAAUCACCUGUUGGUGUUGGUUUCUCAUAUUCUGCCAAUGAAUCAUUCUAUGACUAUGUCAAUGAUGAAAUGACAGCAAAGGAUAACCUUGUCUUUCUACAACAUUGGUUCACUAAAUUUCAAGAGUACAAAAAUAAUGAUUUCUUUAUCACUGGCGAGAGCUAUGCAGGUCACUAUGCACCUCAACUUGCACAACUCAUUCUUCGAAGCAAAAGUAAAAGCAAAAGCAAAAUCAAUCUCAAGGGAAUAGCAAUAGGGAAUCCUCUUCUUGAAACCAACACAGAUUUCAACUCGAGAGCUGAGUUUAUCUGGUCUCAUGGACUAAUAUCAGAUGCAACCUAUGAAUCCUUCACAAAAAUAUGCAACUAUUCCCAAAUUAGAAGAGAAUAUCAAAAUGGAGCACUUACUCCCAUUUGUGCAAGAGUGAAUAGGCUAGUCUCAAUGGAGUUAAGUAGAUAUGUUGAUCCGUACGAUGUUACUCUUGAUAUCUGUCUGCCAUCUGAAAAACAACAGGCAUAUAGGCUAACUCAACUGCAAGAGGGAGAUAAGAUAGAUGUUUGUGUGGAAGAUGAAACAAUCACAUACUUGAAUAGAAAAGAAGUUCAAGAAGCUCUCCAUGCUAAGCUUGUAGGGAUCAUCACCACAUGGUUUACUUGUAGUGAAGCUCUCAAAUAUGACAUGCGAAAUCUAGAGAUCCCAACUAUAUCAAUUCUAGGGACACUGGUUAAAUCAGGUGUAAGAGUUCUAGUAUUCAGUGGAGAUCAAGAUUCAGUUAUACCUUUAACCGGAACGCGUUCUUUAGUGAAUGGAUUAGCCAAGGACAUUGGGUUGAACACAACAGAGUCCUAUAGAGCUUGGUUUAAUGAAAGACAGAUUGGUGGAUGGACACAAGUAUAUGGUAGUAACAUUUUAUCAUUUGCAACCAUAAGAGGAGCAGCUCAUGAGGCUCCAUUUUCACAACCAGGGAGAUCAUUGGUGUUGUUUAAGGCAUUUUUGGAAGGAAAGUCACUUCCAACUAUUGUCUGAAAUAUGAAUGAAGUGUGAUUUUUUUUUUUAUCUUUGAUCCUAUGUAAUCAAUUCUGAGAGAAGUAAAUAACAAUUUUAUUAAAAAAUAAAGUAAUUAAUUUCCAAAGAAACAUUCACAUUAUUGAACAUGCAAAAGCAUUUUCAUCAUUAAAUCUAUGAUUGGGGUAAAGAUAUUGAGUAGAGUAUUGAGAAGGAUAGCUAAACAUAAUUAUAUGUCCAUGAUCUCUCUCAUAAUUCUUUCUCCCUUCAUCUUUUUUUCCUUCAUCUUUUUUUUCACCUUCAUUUACAAUCUCUGCAUGUUUUCCAAAUUUCUUUUUCACAUAUUCAACAAGCUUUGAAGAUUCUACUAUUCCUUUGAUAGUAACAAGUGAAUUUUCCUUGUCCAAUUCCACAGAUUCCACACCUAUCACAUUCAUACAACCCUCAAAUAAUU